AUGAGCCAGGCGCAACAGCCAUCAGACCCGACAUUCCGGGCAUAUAGCGCUCAGCAAGGCGCCACUUAUGCCGAACAUCGUCGAAACUAUAAUCCCAAGCUAUACGAUGCAAUUAUAGACUUCCAUAAAGAAGGGUCUGGCCGUUUUGAUACCCUGAUUGAUGUCGGCUGUGGACCAGGAACAGCCACUCGUAGCCUUGCCCCUCACUUCAAGACUGCAUAUGGCCUUGACCCCUCAGAGGGAAUGAUAAGCACUGCGCGCUCCAUCACCACCCUCGAAAACGUCAAGUUCGAAGUCUCUUCAGCUGAAUCUCUGGGAUCUGAACUUGCCAAUCCAAUUCCCGAGGGCAGUGUCGAUGUGAUCACUGGAGCCACUUGCGCCCAUUGGUUUGACAUGCCGCAAUUCUGGGAGCAAGCUGCCAAGACCCUCAAGCCUGGAGGUACUGUGGCUCUGUGGACAGCUGCUGGUGUUCAAGUCGAUCCGUCAAUGCCCGCUCAUAAAGCUGUGCAGGAGGUUAUUGAUGACCUUGAUAACUUGGUUGAAGACUAUAUGCUGCCCGGCAACCUCAUGGUCCGUGAUCUUUACCGUGGUCUACCCUUGCCUUGGACUCUUGAUCCUCCUCUUUCGGUCUUUGACCAAGAGUCAUUUAUCCGCAAAGAAUGGUGUACUGGUCCAGCCUCUGAGACAAUGUUCUUUGAGCACUCGCCGCCAGUCAACUUGGUUAUGUUGGAGAUGGUUCUUGGCACCGCUAGUCCUGUUACCAGAUGGAGGGAAGCCCAUCCUGAAGCUGUCGGAACGGAGAAUGACGUUGUUCGUCAGAUCAGAAGAAGGAUUGAGAAGAUUCUCAACGAUGCAGGCGUGGAGAAGGGCAAGGAGAUGCUUACGGGCGACAUGACUGGUGUAUUGCUGCUUCUUAGGAAGAAGAGUGACUAG